AUGGCUGGUGCAGAAACCACAGCAACCACUCUUAGAUGGACCAUUUUGUACCUCAUCUCAUACCCAGAAGUCCAAGCAAAGCUUCAUCAAGAAAUUGACAAAGUAGUUGGCAAAGACAGACUGCCUUGUCAAGAAGAUUGCAAUAAAAUGCCUUAUGCUGAAGCAGUUUUAUGGGAGAUUUGGAGACAUGUUACAGUAGUUCCCACUGCACCUGGGAGACUUGCAAGCCAAGAUAUUCAACUUGGUGGCUAUAUUAUUCCCAAGGUGGACUCAAUAUUUGCCUCCCAGAAAUCAUAG